AUGGAAAUACUAUCAUCUGAGCUGGGAAAAUGGACCAAGUCAAUGUUGGUGGAUUUUAUCCUAUCCAAAUCACUCCCAUCUGGUAUCAAGCUAAGUGAUGAAUUGUCACAAAAACUUUUUAGCCCAACCGAUCCCGUUAUGCCCCCAUCUAACUCAUUAGAUGUUGCAAACAUACUCCAAUCGAUUGUUUCCGAACUUAAAACCCUUUCCGAAAGUAAUCUGAAAAUGCAUGAUAAGCUCAACCGUCUUGGUAUGACUGGAUCCACUGAUAAUGUCGUUAAGCACAGACCUCCAAUAGUUACUAUGCAAGCGACCCAACCAACAUCUGGGAGUAAGAUCUCAGCUGCAAAAUGA